CUAAAAUACCCCCUCUCUCUCCUUUGUCAGUAAAGCAAACAGGGGUCUGUCUGCCCUCUACUAUAUUUCUACUGGACUGUCAGUAUUUCCCUUGGCAGCAUCCAUUCCAACCCGCUGGAAAGAAAAAGACACUACGGAAUAUAUACACAAAAGCCGGCACUCGAAAACGUUAAAAAGAAGAAACAAGCUUUGGGCCCUCGCCGAUCCACUGGCACGUACCCCGGGAGAUCAUCCCUUGGGCCCCCGCUUUCACGUUACCGGGACGCUCAUCGGUUGGCUCCCCCAAGAGCCCAAGACUGUCGAAAUAAGCUGGCAGGCUGCAAGGCUAGUCCCAAGGGGUCUCAACUCCGAUGCCCUGCAUGGUCAAGCUCGAGACCCGUCGAUUUUGAUCUUAGACAGGACCUGCCCAGCUUAUAAGUCAGCCCUACGGCCCAAGCAUCGUGAUCCGAUGCCGACGCCUGUCCCGCUCAUCGUUGUUCAGAACGGAGCAAUGUCCGAGCCUCUGCAGGUCCCUAUAUCCCGACCCCCACGUGCUGAGAGAACAACAACAUCGUGCGGGGAGUGCCGGAGGAGAAAACAAAAGUGCAACCAGGGCCACCCAUGCAGCAACUGUGCCAGGAGGUUUCCACAGCCGCUGUGUGAAUACAAGCCAAGCACCAGGCACCGGGUGAGCGCUGUAGCGGUGCCACAGAGGCCAGCCUUUGCCGUCUCUCCUUUUCCGCCGACCCUCAGCGCGGACGGACCCUUCGACACAGAGCCCUUCCAGCAAUCUACUCUCUCCCAGCCUCUUGCGCCGCCAUGGGCCCAGCGGGGCGGCAGUCAGGGCAUCGGCGAGUCACCGGCACAAUGGCCCGGGUUUGAACUCCGAGUCUCGAGCCACUCCCCAACCAACCCUGCGGCGGGACAGUAUGCCUGGAGCACCGAACCGGGCACCCUUUAUUGGCUGGUGACGGCCUGCGAGGACGACUGUACGCAGCAUUCGAACGAGGUCCAUGCUGCUGUGCGGAUCCUUCGCGCCCACCGGUCAGGGUCUAGGCAUUGGGAUACUACUAAUACAAGCAGUUGGAAUCCUGAAAACAACUCCUGGCCGGUGGCUAGGGGAUUUACUUCUAGCAGUAGCAGCAGCAGCAACAACAACAAUAACAUCUUCUGGUCGGCCGCCGAUCCCACUCAGGGGCUCAUCCAUCUAGCAGGAGCGCAAAAUCAUGCCAUGCGUAACUCCGAGCUGCUGUCAAUCUACGUCAAGCUCAUAUCCCAAUUCAAGGCCUCUCUGGACGGGAACCCAGACGCAUCGAACCCGUACAUCAAACACUACGUCCCCUACUGCGUCCACUCGCAGCUCCUGGUGCACGUGGCCAUCUAUACGGCCGCAUGUUUCCUGAUCGACACGGGCCAUGUGCAGAGGACGGUGGCCAUGGCGCACAAGGGCCAUGUCAUCAAGCUCUUGAACGAGCAUAUCCGGUCGCAGCACUUGACGAGCGACGAGGUGAUUGCCGGCGUGGUCCAGCUGAUUGUGGACGAGUGGCACUGGGGAAACACCGACGAUUUGCGGGCCCAUCUCCGCGGUCUGCGAGACAUGAUCCGAUUCCGAGGCGGCUUCCGCACGCUCGGGCUGCAUGGUCUGAUCAGCAAGCUUGCCAUAACUGAAUUCGAGUUCCGGGGAGAGACGUCACAACUCUUGCCCCUGCGUCUGGCGCUGAACACGCCCUUCAUCUCGACGCUGGUGCCCUUUUCGUCGUGCGACGACGCGCUCAACAUGCACCCGGCCGUGACGGCCAUCCUCGACGACAUGCGGUUUCUCAUAGCUGCCGUGCUCGCCUUGCUGCCCGGCGAGAAGAAGCCGUCCCCGUCGGCCAAGGAGCUGCAGAAGGUCCGCGAGACGGCAACCUGGAUCUACGAGCGCAUCUCCCGUCUGCCCGCAGACUCCCCCGCCGCACCGCCAUCGCCUGCCCCGACUACGACGACGAGCUCCACCACUUUUGACGGCGGGGUCAAGGUUGAGCGAGCCACGCCGGAAAUGGGCCCGCGUGGUGGUGGCGGUGGGGAAGAUCGCGGCCGCUCGCAGGGGAAUCAGACCAACUUGAACCGUGCCAGCCAAGGCUCGUUCACCCAGACAAGGCUCUCUCCGGAAGCAUCUCAGCCCGCGUACGACAGACGCCGGCGCUCACGGGGUCGUCCCGGCACUAAUAUCCCAGUAAACGAACAAUCCCCUGCUCCCGGCAGUGUACAAGUACUAGUACCAGUACCAGGACCUCUAUCUGUACCUGUACCUGUACUACUCCCAAGCAACGAACCGUCCCCGUCCCCGGCCCCUCCACACUCACAUUCCCAUUCCCAUUCCCACUCCCAUCCCCAUCCAUUACACUCCACACCACAUCCCCAUCAUGAUUCCCCUCCCCAACCAUCCCCCCCACCUCCGGUAACCGCCCCGGCAGAUUACGUCUACCAAUCCGUCCGCCUCGCAGCCCUGCUCUACAGCCGAACCAUCACAUCCCGCCGCCCCUUCAGCCGUGUGGUCACCCCCGCCGAGGCCCGCCGGCUGUGGACCACGACGUGGCGCGUGCCGCUGGCCACCUGGCGCAGCCUUUUGGGUGUCUUCAACUGGAUUCUGCUGCCUAUCGUGUCCUUUUCCGGCGGGGGUGCGCUGGACGAGACUUCUUCACAAUCACAGCAUGGUAGUGCGAGUACGGGUGUGAGUGCGGGUGCGAGUGCGGGCGCCGGAGGUGGGAUCCAGCAGGAACAGCAUGACCGGUUUGUGAGGGGCAUGAUGAAUAUCAGUCUGUUGCAGAUUGGGAUGGAUAACUGGGAGAUUGCGUCACGGGUUAUGCGGGCGAUGUUGGAGCUGCAGAGGUGGUUGGCUGUGGGGGAGACUCAGGCUGGGACAGGGACUGGUAGUGGUGUUGGUGUGCGUGUGGCGGAGGAGCAGAGUCGUGGGGUGACAAUGACAACUGGAACUGGGAGAGCGGGAGGUAUAUCGUCAUCGUCGUCGUCGUCGUCGUCGUCGUCGUCUUCUGAGAUGAUGGCGUCCGAGGUGAGGAUGCACGUUCAGGCGCAAGCUGCGGCUGCUGCUGAGGAACUUCAGGGGCGGGAAUCGCGUCCUGUGAGGAGAGGAUUUGGUGAGGAACAACGGUGACGCGAUGAACGAACGAGCUCCUCCCUCCUGGCGGAGAAAGGCGUAGAAGGCAACUUGAAUUGGGAUGGGAUGGUUAAUGCCGUGCCUGGCAACUGGUUACACGGAAGAUGAGUCUGUUUGGUUUUUGUCUUAUACCCUUUCAAAACACGCAAUAUGCCACGGUGGCUGGGAUGGAAGCAGGGGAAGGAGCAUCUUGAGAGCGUGC